GUCUUGUUUAAUUGCAUUAUUGUUUUGGAGUUGGUGAAUUAUAAUGCAUGGGGACGGAAAAAGUUUCUUUGCAAUUGGAACUCAUGCUUUACCAGUUUAUACACAACAGAAUUCUGUAGAAGAUGAAGUUUUUGAAGCAAUUCAUGGGGCUAACAAAAAUGACCAAUCACCCAAACUCCAGCCUCAGACUAUACCCGAAACCAUUGCAGGCGACAACGUUUCGAUUGCCAACAGCGAAGUCGUCUUCAGGAAACCAGUAUUGGCAAAACAGUUUUCUAGGGACAAUAUCAGAUUAAGCGGAUCUUCAAAUAUAAGACACGCUCAUUCGACUUCAGAUUUGAUUAGGAUCAGAAAUCCACAUGGACGGAGUAGACAAAAGGUAAAAUAUUUCAAUACUUGCUGUUCCAAUAUAUACUCGAGCACAUACAAACACUCCAUUAUAAGAUGUUCUAAUUAAGUAAAAGAUAAACAAAAAUAGACAGCAGCCCUCCAAUCUCCGCCUCCGUUCCCAUCGAAAGCCCACUCUAGAGUGUAACGAAAAGCAUAAAAUUGCUAGUAAAACAGUCUUGAUCGAAGGCAAUCGAGUUUUUCCAAGCGCUUUCACAAUUUUCCGACCGUUGUCGGGAGGCAAAAAGAAAUUUACAGGCCGUAAUCAAGUCUUCGAGCUCCUCGAUAGGUCCGGUUUGUUUUUAUCGAAAAUUUUUGUUUGGUUUGCACUCAACUCUGCGGGCCCUUUUAUCCUUUAAUUACCGCAAGUUAUUGAGUUAAUUGCAUUCAAUCCAUCAUCCAGAAAAAAAAAUAAUAUAAUGAACUAUCUUUGCUGGAAAAUUAUCUAUAGAAGAAUAAUCCCUUAUAAUCCUUGAUGAUUUUGGGUGAAAACAUCCCACAACUAAUAUUUCAGCUGGCAACAGCACAGCAAUGUAAGUAUUUUACUUUUCGAUUCAAUAUAUCUGAUAUCAUUAUAUUCCAGGAUCCAAGAAGCAUGAUACUUCCAAUAGUCCAAGGAAGCAGGCCAAGAAGCCUAUACAACUCAACUAAUUCCUACGACGAUCAGAUUCAUUACAACUCAUUGAAUCACAGCAAUUCCACGUUGACGGCACAAGAACAAUUUGCUCCGUAUUUUUCCUUGGAAAGUGGUGUAGUCUAUCCGAAUGGGCCUUACCAAAUACGAGAUUUUACCGAAAGUAGACGACCAAUGACGCCUCUGACCAGUAGUAGUUCGCAUCAUAAAUUGCCUACAACGCCUGAAGCUAAAAAGAAAAUGUUUACGGACAUCCUAUUCUUGAGUGGCAGUACCAUUUACGCCAUCCUAAUAGUCACACUAGGAGUAUCAUUUUACGUCAUUGACUCUUUUGAAUUAGACGAAAAAGACUUUGUUGACUACUUAGCAGAGGGGUUUAGUCUUAUCCUGUUGGGCUUAGCCUUAUCCUACUUGCUCUAUCUUAACGUGGACAUAGCUUUGUAUAAUGGCAAGAAAAAACGAUUCGAAAAACUAAUGGAAGACAUACAGCCAGAGCAUAUGGAAUUCAAAGAAACUGACGAGGGCGUUAUAUAUGAUGAAACAUUACAAGAGGCGUUGGCUUUAAGGAACCAAUUAGACCACAAGUAUUGUUUCAACCAAGACAGGCACUCGAGCAAUUUUUAUUUGAAAAUUGGAGCAGCAGGUUUUUGCUUUGGACACUUAAUUCAUAGCUUCCUUAUUUUAACUUACCGCGGAGUCAUAUUGAGUUCUGAUUUGGAAAAGCACAGCGAAUGCAACAGCGUUUUGACUUUUAUCAUUGAGAUACUGUAUCCGAUUUAUUCUAUUACUUUGCUGUUUUUUAUUUUUAAAUAUUCAAAUGUUAUCAUCAAUAAAAAUAAAGCUUUGCAUCGGUUUGGAUUUAUGCAUUGUCUGGCGUCCAGUCUUUGUUUUUGGUUGUGGACGAUUUUUAGAGAGACGGCUGAAUAUAUUCAAAAUUCAAAAUAUUACAAAGGAGAAAGUGGGAAUAAGACGACAAUUGGUUCAGAUUCCACUGAAACAUAUAUAGAUUAUUCAAAAGUCUCCGUGAUAACACCAAGAAGAUUCACUGCAAUUUGCGAGCACGACGAAAUGAAUGUCAUCUAUCAAAACUACUCGCCAUAUUUAUACCCAUUCAGCGUUGAAUAUAGCAUUUUAGUCGCUGGAAUAAUUUACAUUGUCUGGAUCAACAUUGGCUUGUGUACUCCAGAAGACAAGUCUCACCAUCACGGUGAAGAUACUAGAGAGUGCAGAAAUGAUAGAAGAGCCUCAGAGCCUGAAAGCAACGUCACUAUUCACGCAGAUUGUCAUGCCUCCAACAAAGGAUUGUUUUCAGGAUUUAUUGUUUUGGUUUUUGCGUUUGUUAGUGUUAUUUUGUUUUUCGUCACCUAUUACAACAAUUCAACUGAGUUGGCUGAAAUUGGGCUUACAAUAAACCAAUCAACUAAAGCGGCUAUUAUGUUCUGUAUGAUUUUGGCUGUAGUUUUUGCCUACUUCCAAAUGAUUAAAUUAGACGUUAACGAAAUGGCUCAUAACUCUUUGGAUAACUUUUUGUGCCUUAUAUGUUUACCUGCAUUUUUCGUCUAUGGUCUUUUCAGCUUAUUACCUGGAGUGAUUUUUGGAAAUGUUUUGGCUGUUGUUGUUGUCUUAUUUGAGCUUAUUCAAGUUCUCAUCCAAACACCUUUUAUAAUUGAUGGUAUGGCAAGAUCUAGUAACAGUAAAGUGUUGCGCAAAAAAAAACCAGGAAGAGAGUUUGUUACUUUUUUAGUAAUUUGCAAUGUCGCUAUGUGGGUCAUGCAAACUUUCGAAGUCAAAUCUCACGGCUUGGACCAGUACAGGCAAGAAUUUUACUCGAAAGAGUUGUGGAGCAUUGUUGGACACAUGUGUUUACCUUUGAUGAUGUUUUAUAGGUUCCAUUCUUCGGUCUGUAUCGGUGACAUUUGGAAGUUUGCCUAUAUGCCUUCGGGGCAUUAGAAUCUUUCAGCAUAUUGUUGGAGAGUUUUAUUUUUAUCAUGCAUAGGUUUAGUAUAAGAUAAGAUACAUUUUUGUAGCUGAUAAUAAAAAGGCUAUUUAUUGG